AAGUUGAAAUAUUCUGACAAUAUUAUAGGGAUUCUGUUCUGUAUAUACUACUAUAUAUUUUGUUGCAUGGAUUUUCACAAGGUUAAUUACAAGGCAUUUAUAUAUACAUGUUUUUCAACAAUAAGUGCAAUAUUGCAGUUCAAAUUUCUAAGUUGUGACCUUAUGAAGGCUACUCUCAAGUAUUUAGCAGGCAUUGCUGGUGCAAGUGGUUAUGGUUCUAAAACAACUGCAGAACAAGUCACUCAAGUUUGUUCUGUUUCUUUCUCUUCUCAGCUUACUGCUAUUAUCACUGGUGCAACAUCUGGGAUUGGAGCAGAAACAGCAAGGAUAUUGGCAAAGAGGGGUGUAAGAUUAGUUAUUCCAGCAAGGGAUUUGAAGAAGGCAGCCAUACUAAAGGAAACCAUAAAAAAACAUAGUCCUUGGGCUGACAUUAUUUUAUUAGAGAUAGAUUUGAGUUCAUUUGCUUCUAUUCAAAGAUUUUGUGCCCAAUUCUUGUCUUUAGGAUUGCCUCUUCACAUUCUUAUAAAUAAUGCAGGCAAAUUCUCACAGAAGUUAGAGUUCUCUGAAGACAAAUUUGAGCUCUCAUUUGCAACAAACUACUUAGGUCAUUUUUUAUUGACAGAGAUGCUGCUAGAUAAGAUGGUAGAGACAGCAGAACAGACAGGGAUUGAAGGAAGGAUUGUAAAUGUUAGUUCUGUAGUUCACAACUGGGUAAAAAGAGAUGAGUUUUGCUUCAGCCAAAUGCUUAAUCCUAAAAAAUAUAAUGGUACUCGAGCAUACGCUCAGUCGAAAUUGGCCAACAUUUUACAUGCCAAGGAAUUGUCAAGACAGCUAAAGGCAAGAAAUGCAAAUGUAGCUAUCAAUGCUGUACAUCCAGGCAUUGUGAAGACAGGAAUAACAAGGGAUCAUAAGGGCUUUAUCACAGAUUCUCUCUAUUUUAUGGCAUCAAAGCUUCUUAAGUCAACAUCACAGGGUGCAGCAAGUACAUGUUAUGUUGCACUGAAUCCACAAACAAGGGGAGUAAAUGGGAAAUACUUUGCCGAUUGCAAUGAAUGUCACUGCUCAGCUUUAGCUAAUGAUGAAAUUGAAGCUCAUAAACUAUGGAAGCACACUCGUGCUCUAAUUCAUCGAAGAUUUUUUCAAGAGAGAGAGAGAGAUCUGUAAAUAUGCACUCUGUUCCAACAUAAUUUGAAUCAAUACGAAGUUUUGAAUAUAAAAAACGUGAUUGGAAACAAUGUCACGUAAAAUGGAACAGUUGCAGUACUUACUAAUAAAUGCAGAAAAUUCCCUUCAUCUUUUUCGAUGGCCCCAGACAAUUAUUAUGGACUAUAACAUGCUUUCCCUUUUCUCUUAGCACUUAGAAAAUUCAAUUGAGUAAUUUGCUAGGUUCAAAAAAACACCAUUAGUGGCCCUUUACCACCUCUGCUUCCAUGUAAUAAAUACCUUUUGGAUUACACAAAUACCAGUAAAAUGGAUGCCAUCAAGUUCAUCAACUUUACCAGACAUCUACAUGACACUAUUGAUUUUGUCUUCAGAUCAAUAUUGCAAGUAGCUGUAACCCCAAAAGAAUCAAUAUUAUAAUAAAUUUUUAUCAUGUAUCACUGCAUGAAAAGCACAAUACAGAAAGAAAAGUUUGGUUAUGUUAGUAACAUCCACUGCUGCAUUCUAAGCAAUCGAUCAAUGUGAGUGUCCGCUCUUGUACUAUCUUUCUAUUGAAGUGUUCUACCAAUACGACACAAAUCAAGUACAAAGACUAGAGGCAGAACAGAAAAAAAUAACUGCAGCAGUCAGCUGUCUCUGUUCUAUAACAGAUGCAACAAGAUUUAAGUGAAAAGAAGUAAAAACCAUUAAGUUCUUGCAAAGACCACGACCAUUAUAACAGUAAGGAGGAUGGAAUUGAUAAUUCAAAAGCUGUAACGAUAUACUUUUAGCAAAAAUCAAGUAUAAGAAUAUAAAAAGGACUUCUAAAUUGGUCGUAAACUAAAGGUGUAUAUAACAUACUAAAAAUAUCUAGUGAGUCUCAAGUCUUAAACAUGUCAUGUCAUUCCUACAAGGGAUUUUCCUAAGGUAACAUGGUAAUGUUAGAAUUAAAAAUUUACUAAAUAUA